AUGCUCCUCCUCCACCAGACGGGCAGCGUCAAGAUUGGCGAGGUUGUGCGCUACACAGUGACGUACACGCCCUCGCAGGACCGCAUCCUGCCGUCGCCGGAGCAGCUGUUUGUGCGCAUCCGCAACACGUCCAACAUUGCCCUGCGAGCGGCGUUUGUCCACGGGCCCUAUACGCUGAGCGUGGCGGCGUAUCCCGCAAAGUUCAAUCCCAACGAGAAGUUCCCCAGCCCGCGCCGCUAUGGCGUGCCCGAGUUCGAGCCCAUGCUCAAGGCCGGCGGGACGUGGGAGUGCGAGCUGAUUGUGCCCGACGACAUUCGGCAGUCUGCGGGCACGAGCAGCCAAGGGACCUUUGGCAAGGGGCCGGAGCACGAUUCUGAAAACGUCAGCUGGAUCAUCGAGAUCUCGUCGCAGGUCAUCUUCUCGACAUCCGCGGCCGUGGGGUACGAGCUCCUGGUGGCGAGAGAUCAGAAGUCGCUGAGCCUGGGCUCAUCGUUGCCCGUUGUUGGUGGCCAGGCCCAGGUGCCGCAGCCGGGGAAGCUGGUCGACCAUCAGCAGAGCAUCGGGUCCAAAGACGGGCACCAUCCGGGCCAGCCUCGCGGGGUCUUUUCGCGGGCGAUGCACGUCAAAGUGGAGGACACGGGGACGCUGUGGAACACGCCCCGGCUGCCAGCAUGGGACGAUGCUGGCGACAAAAGAGUUGACGAGGCCUCCGGCGCCGACAAGCCCGUCGAGAGCAUGGUCAAGACGGGCGAGCCCGAGAGCGAGGAGAGGCCAGCUAACCUACGGAAGCAGAAGAAGAUCCACCUCGUCAUCCUAACACAUGGCCUGCAUAGUAAUUUGGGCGCCGACAUGUUAUUCAUGAAAGAGAGCAUCGAUGCCGCUGCGAAGCAGGCAAAGAUUGAUGCAAAGGCAAGACGGGCAAAACAGCGUGCAGAAGCCGAAGCCAACAAUGAAGAUGGCAGCAAGACGGGAGACGGCUCGUCUUCAUCAGCCAGGAGCGAAGAUGAUGACGAAGAGGACGAUGAGGAGGUUAUUGUGCGAGGAUACUCCGGGAACGCCACCAAAACGGAAAAGGGGAUCAAGUAUCUGGGCAAGAGGCUGGCGAGAUACGUGCUCUCCAUGACAUAUCCGGAUCAGCCCUUUCUGCCGAUAGGAGGAAAAGGCGCGUUUGAAGGGUUUACUCACGGGCUCGGCGAUCAGGGCGCGCACGAGCUGGUGCAGGCCCAUAAGAAUAGCACCAUCAUGAAGGCGGCCGACUCGGGGGCGGCCCACGACCACCCCAAGAUCCGGAGGCCUUACAAGGUCACGAGCAUCAGCUUCGUCGCACAUUCGUUGGGCGGACUGGUCCAGACCUACGCCAUUGCCUACAUACAAAAACACUCGCCCAAAUUCUUUGAUCUCAUACGGCCCAUCAACUUCAUCGCUCUGGCCACGCCCUUUCUAGGCCUGAGCAACGAGAACCCGCUCUACGUCAAGUUUGCGCUCGAUUUUGGCCUCGUUGGAAGGACCGGGCAGGAUCUGGGUCUCACAUGGAGAGCUCCGACGCUUGCACGCAGUGGCUGGGGUGCCAUUGUAAGCAAUCUUGGCGAGUCUGCUCACAAGAAAGUCUAUGGAGAAUCGCAGCCCGAGUCCAAGCCCCUGUUGCGCAUCUUGCCUACGGGGCCGGCGCACAUUGCACUCAAAAAGUUCCGGAACCGAACGGUCUACUCCAACGUGGUCAAUGAUGGCAUCGUUCCGCUCCGCACGAGCUGCUUGCUAUUCCUGGACUGGCAAGGACUGGGACGUGUCAACAAGGCGAGGAGAGAUGCUGGUCUGGUUGAGACAGUGGUGGGCUUUGGAUGGGCGGAGCUCACGGGGGCCAACAUGGUAUCGUCUCGGUCAAAACUGCAGAUUCCCCCGGACGACCUCGAGACAGACUCGGGAACGACCACUCCUAAUGGCGAGGGCAGCAACAGCAACAGCCACCAAGUACCACAGCCUUCCAAUGAUGCCAUCGCUGAAGAUGACCGUGCUAGUCUCCGCUCAGCCUCAGCGGUAUACACGGAAGAGCCGCCACUGGAAAGCCCGGGCGAGAACAAUCUGCUUCACACUCCCCUCACCGGAUUCUUUAACCUCUUUAGGAGCAACGAUCCCCCGAAAGAGCAUGCCGUGACAGAAAAGCAGAAGCGAAUACUGCGUAGGAGUCAGACCCUCAAAAACAGCGGGGACGCCUCCAGCACGCCUGGUAGCUCCAACUCGUCGGAUACGGGCACGCGCUCGGGCAAGGCUACGGCGGGACUUGAGCUCGAGAACGAUCCGGACGGUCUGAGGGCACCACCCAAGACGACAUUCUUCGAGUCUGCGGGUGACCUUCUGAAUCCCAAGAUUCCGGAUGUCGAGUGGCUAAUUGACCCGUCGAAGCGGGCACGAACAAUUUUUCAUGAUCGAGUGUAUCAUCCAUCAGACAUCCCCCCACCACCCCUGAAGAAGCGGACCUCCACACUGAGUAAGAUGAGAAUCAAGUCUUCAUCCUCGUCAUUACCUUCGCCAAACGGUAGCACUGUUUCGACGCCGCAUGCAGAAAUCAACCAUGAGGAUUCGAUGGCCGCCUCGGUGAAGGAUUACGACGACACUGCCAACACGGGCCCUGAGAAGCAGCCCAAUGAGAUUGUUGACGGCUCGGCCAUGCGUGUCGAGGAGAAGAUUUCGCGCGGAUACCACAAGGAUUUAUCGUGGCGAAAGGUGCUUGUCAAGCUGGAGCCGGAUGCCCACAACAACAUCUUCGUCCGGCGCAUGUUCCCCAACGCUUACGGCUGGCCAGUCAUCAAGCACUUGGUUGAUGCUCACUUCAGUGACUCGGCUGUUUCCCGGCUGCGCACCGAGGACGAGCACAUGGGCGAGCGGGCUUUGGACAUGAACCAACCACCCGGGGCAGAUGGCCGAGAGACCAAGUCUGUGUCCACGCAGCAAGCCCGCGGUCUUAUGCCGGAGCCGACGAAUGCGAGUGAGGCGCGGGAGGCACUCGACGAGGUGCCUGAUUUGCCAAAGGCGCAAGAGACCGAUCGGUCUUCGACACAUACUCAUAGCCAUCAGGGAGAUAGGGGCGAUUCGAUGUCGUGGAGCGAACGCGACUGGGCGAGCAGUGAGAACGAGGAUGACCUUGAUUAUGUCAACGAUGUAGCUGGCGACAAGAAGCUCGAGAAGGCAAAGGAGAGUGGGGGGAGAUUGAGUCCUUCGUCGUGGAACUGGACGGAGAAGAUUGUGGGCAAGGGAGCCAUGAAGUCGAGAAGCAAGAGUCCGACGACACCGACGACGCCUACGACGCCGACAGCAAUGGGACCAGGAGGGACUGCUUGA